AUGAAUCAAGAAGCAUUACAAAAAGUCCUACUUGAAAUGGAUAAUCAAUUAAAUAAAUCUCAAGCAGAAUUAUCCAUGGUUAAUUUACAACUUGAUCGAGCCAUGACAAAUUUAACAAUAAUUGAUACUACAAAAACUAAAUUAAAUAAAAUAUGUAAUACCCAAUCAAAUGAAAAAGUUUGGCAAGGUUGUGGUAAAGCAUUUAUUGGUACUAAUGUUAAUAAUUAUUUAAAUCAAUUAGAUAAAGAUACUAAAGAAUAUCAAGAUAGUAAAAAAAAUUUAAUCAUUAAACAAAAUUAUUUACAAACUACUCUUCAAAAAACUGUUGAAGGAAUGACUAAUAUUGUUGGUGGUGACAAGAAAUAG